GGGCAGCUAGGCCCCCGGCGCAGCCUGGGGAAUGAAAUGCCCCAGGCUCUCUAGGGCGCACAAAGAGCAGGCGCGGCAGGUUGGGCAGCAGCUGGGUCGAAUAGCGGCGGUUUUGGCAGCAGCAUCUGCAACAGGUGUAGACAGGUCCCACCUGACUCCACCCUGGAAAGUCCUUUUGAAGAAAUGGCCCUGGUGAGGGGCGGUUGGCUGUGGAGACAGAGUUCCAUCCUCCGCCGUUGGAAGCGUAACUGGUUCGCUCUGUGGUUGGAUGGGACGCUGGGCUACUAUCAUGAUGAGACUGCGCAGGACGAGGAGGACCGUGUGCUCAUCCACUUCAACGUCCGUGACAUAAAGGUCGGCCAAGAGUGUCACGAUGUGCAGCCCCCAGAGGGCCGGAGCCGAGAUGGCCUGCUCACCGUGACACUGCGGGAGGGCUCCCGCCUGCACCUGUGUGCGGAGACCCGGGAUGAUGCCAUAGCAUGGAAGACAGCGCUGAUGGAGGCAAACGCCACCCCGGUGCGCGUCUACAGCCCGUACCAAGACUACUACGAGGUGGUGCCCCCCAACGCGCACGAGGCCACGUAUGUCCGCAGCUACUACGGGCCGCCAUACGCAGGCCCCGGCGUGACGCACGUGAUAGUGCGAGAGGAUCCCUGCUACAGCUCGGGCGCCCCGCUGGCUAUGGGCAUGCUUGCGGGGGCUGCCACCGGCGCCGCGCUCGGCUCCCUCAUGUGGUCGCCUUGCUGGUUCUGAGCCUUGGGACUCAGAGUGCUGGACCCUGCGUGUGCACCCCUAGAUCCCCUUUCCUUCUGAACCCCCGUCUCCAGUAUCCACCAUCCAAACCCUGUCUCAUUUUUGCCCUUUCCUCUCCAUUAGCCCCUUCUGGGCUUGGACCAUCCCUCCCAUUCCUUAUUCCUCCGCCCCCUAGGAUGCUGUCAUCUCAGGCACAAGCAUGGCUACAUCUACCACUAGACACCCCAGAAACCACAUAGGAAUAUAUUUCCUCCAAACACACCAGGACACAACAAACCUAACUUCAUCUGACUGCAAGUUCCCCAGGCGCUGGAGAGACAUCAUGAGUUGAGCUUGCUCUCUGCUCUCCUGGGGGUGCUCCAGGCCUGGUGAGAAAAACAGGAGGAAACACACACUUGACAGCUGCAGAGCUAUCUGUCCUUUCAAAAGGACAUGGGGCAGGGAGCAAGGCAGGUAGGCUGGGAGUGCUGUUUGUUGGCAAGCAUGUGGAGCUGUGAACAUCCAGGGACAUGUCCAAAAAUUAGAGUUCAGUUGGACUGGGUGGAGGCAGGAGUGGGUUUAUGGUGGGUCUCCAAGGCUGAGGAGCUUGCUGGAUAAAGGGGAGAUGUGAGCUUUUUAUGGAAGGACGUUUCAUGAUUGCAACUAUAAUGAAUAUUUUGCCUGCUUUGUUAGUACUAACAUAUACCCUGAUCCAAACUCUCCCUGAGUUUAGCUCCAUCCUUUCCACUACCAGCUUUCUAGGUCCACUUGUUCCCCAUGACAAUUGAGCUGAACCUGGGGCUCCUGGUUAGGGGACAGGUGAGACUUCUGGCCUUAGGAAGAUGCCUCCAUCAGGAAAUGCCUUUCCACUCUCAGGAGCUCGGCUCUCUAUCCAUUGCUGUGACUGUCACCAUCUGAGGCUUUGUCUUCUCUGUCACUCUGAGGAGAGAUGCCAUGGUUUCCCUAUAGGGCCUGACCCACCUUUGUACCAGCCUGGGAAGACUCUCAUGUGCCUGCCUGCAGGUGGUUCAGCAGUCUCCCCUUUUCGUCCCGUUCCAGACUCUUCUUGCAUCCGGUCCCAACUGCCAAUAGAAAUGCUAACAUUCCUGCCCAGUAGCCAGAGUACCCUGAAGAUGGCUCUAUUGGCUCAGCUGCAGAGACUAAUAAAGAUGUGGUUGGCUCUAGAACCGGCUCUGACUUUUGUUCCUCCAGGAAGCCGUUUCCCAGGGACAGCUCUGUGACCCAGAGUCCACUAGUGCCUUCUCUGGUAUAGUAAGAGUGUAGUCUGAUGUUGAACUGGUGACAUGUUAACUGAACAAUUUGGGAUGAGCCACUUAACCUUUCUGGACCUUGCUUUCUCUCCCAUAAGAUGGCAGGCUGAAGCUGUCCAUCUCUGAGGGCUGAAGAGGAGAAGCUAUGUCAGAGUCUCUUGUCUGAGCUGAUGCUUUGUGAGAGGCCUGUGGUGUUAGGGUCUUCCAGUAGGUUCCCAUCCCUCUAAAGUUGAAUCAAUGAAUUAUUCUUAUGGAGAUUAGGUGACCAGGGAAGGAAAAAACUCAUCCUGUGUUAGGUUCUCAAGGCAAGUGACAAAAACCCCCUGCUUAAACUGAUAU